AUGGGAGUAUAUGGAUAUAAUCUUAGAAUAAGUGUUGGAGAAAGAUACAGAUAUAAUUAUGAAUAUAAUGAAACAAUUCCUAGAGAAUUUUUAACUGAUAUGAUUGAUGAAAGAGUGAAUAUUUAUCAAUUUUCAAAUUAUAAGAUAAAAGAAUUUGAAGAAGAAACAAAUAAAAUAAUAGAGAAAUAUAAAACAAAAUGUAAUCCAAAGAAUAAAAGAUUAGUUAAAAGAGAUAGUAAAUGUGAUAAAGAAAUUAAUAUUGAACAUGGAUGUGGAGGAUAUGAAUGUGGAGAUAAUGGAGAAUGGAGUUCAAAAUGUGUACUAGCUUAUUGUGAUGAAUGA